CUCUACGGAUGACAUGCCUGGGACGGGCCAAUGUCCACUGGUCCGAGGUUGAGAACGUGGGUCAUCGUGGAGGACGUCAGCGGCUGGAGACAGUGGAGUACAAUGCCGAGGAGGAGUACUUUCAGUUCCGCUUUCAGCUGUGGCCACCAGACAACAACACUGAAGACGCCAACAACCCGCUACCGGCUGGACAGCACACUUUUCCUUUCCAGUUACAGCUGCCAGUAGAACUCCCUCCAUCAUUCGAAGGAGCUUAUGGAUACAUCCGCUACUGGGCAAAGGCCACAAUAGACAAACCCUGGAAAUUUGACCAGCACACGAAACGGGCCUUUACAGUGAUUCCCAGUUUAGAUCUGAAUCAGCAGCCAGAUAUAGAGGAGCCCAUUCAGUACCGCGGUGAGCUACGCACCGGCUGCUGCUGUCUACCUUCUGGAAGAUUCAGUGGAUCAGUCACUACCAACAGAAAGGGCUUUGUACCAGGAUCUGAAAUAGGGCUCAGCUCUCACAUUGAAAACCACACUAGUUCCACGUGUUGGGCGGAGGUCAGGCUUAAAAUGCACAUAACAUACCUGGCCAGCGGGAAAUUCAAACAGGAGAAGAAAGUCAUCAGCACCGUGUGUAGAGAACAGAUACCCCGAGGAGAUAACUACAUCUGGAACGAGAGAAUGAGAAUACCGCCUCUACCUCCAUCCCACCUGAAAGGUUGUAAAUUAAUGAAUUCCAAAUACAUUCUACAGUUCAGAGUGGGGUCUGAUGCCAGAUGCUCGUGGGAUGAGAUUGAAUUCGAAGACGAAAUCGUCAUCGGCACAUUGCCAUUUUUAACCAAACAAAGACCAUUACCUCCAGCUAAUCCGAACAAGCCGGUAAAUAUGCUGGUUCCCAUCACCGUGACGGCGCUAGAAAAGGAAAUAGACAGAGCAAUUGAAGGAAAACCCAGUUACGAGGAGUGUAUGCUGUUUGGGAGAGUUAGCAUUAAAGACAAGGACGACACGGAGCACACGCUGGGAGAGCUCAUCUUUACACCCUUAUAUGCGUUUUACUCGCCCAGAACGCCACUUCAGCGAUCUUCUAGUUAUAUAGAAUAG